UCCGACGUGGAAAAAGGAUGAGCUGGUUCGUACAAAAAUAGGGAGAGAGAGAGAGAGAGAGAGUUCCGACAAGCUCACUUUUAGGACAAUACAUCUCUUUUUUCAAACUAAAUCCCCCGACCAAAAGCAAACUCAUCGCUUAAUCAGAUUCCCUCAUGGAAGAAUCUGAGCCGAAAGAUAACUACAUGACCGGCGUUGAGAACGGCGUGAGAAUGACGUCGCCGACGACUUCUUCAACAUCCUCUGUCGCCACCACAAGUGUCCACGUAAGCGCUCUUGACGGACUCGUGAACGUGAACUCUCUUUUCACCAUCGCCGUCUUCGUAGGUCUUUCCAUAGCGACUCCAGGUCAACACAGCCUCGAACAACGAUCCAGCUGCGAUGCAAGUGCUGAUGUGGCCAAGAAGCUGCUGGUCUUCGAAGUCGUCUCCUUCAGCUUCUUCCUCUUCUCCUCUUUGGUAGCUCAAGGUCUCAAACUUGCCUUAAACCUCCUCAACAGCAAAGACGUCGAUGAGAUUUUCAGAGCUCACAUUAACAUAAAGGUUUUGAGAUGGGGAAUGAUGGCUUCUGCUGUCGGAUCUGUCAUGGGCUGUCUGUUCUUGAUGCUGUCUAUGGUUAAUGUGAUUCAGAUCCGUCUUGGGUUGCUCUCUUGCGGCAGUCAAUCCGCGGUUCAAGCGGUUACAACGCUCGUUACUCUGGUUUCCUCUGCUCUGUUGGUUUACAUCUCUACUGCCAUGUACGCUUUCUGGCAAUGAUUUCUGGCAAUGUAAUUUUUAACAAUGCCCUUUCAAUCUUGUCUUUUCUUUGCUUGUUUCGGAGAAUGAAGAAUUGAACAUUAGAUUAAGCGAAUUUGAUGAUGAACUUAUAUGAACAGAAAUGAAGCUGUGUUGUUUACA